CUACGCAUGCGCGGCGAGGCUCUGCAGUCAUGGCCCAGGGGGGCUGGGCCCCGCCACGUUUUUCUACUCCAUUGCACGGACACAUGGGACAGGGUGCUUUCCAGGAGGUAUACGAACCAGCUGAAGACACGUUCUUGUUGUUGGAUGCACUGGAGGCAGGAGCCGAGGAGCUCAUGGGAGUAGAGAUAUCCCUUGAAAUAGGAUCAGGAUCUGGCAUCGUAUCUGCAUUCCUGGCUUCAAUUAUUGGCCCUCAGGCUUUGUAUAUGUGUACUGAUAUCAACCCAAAAGCAGCUGACUGUACCUUGGAGACAGCGCUGUGUAACAAAGUUCACAUUCAGCCAAUAAUCACAGAUUUGGCCAAAGGAUUGUUACCAAGGUUAUUCAGGAAAGUCGAUCUUCUGGUAUUUAACCCACCCUAUGUAGUUACGCCUUCUGAAGAGUAUGGGGUAGCAUCAGUGAAAAUGGCACCUUCUUCUCCCUCCGUCAUUACAUGGUUGGAUGAGUAAAAACUGCUGCUGCUGCUGCAAAGUAAAAAAGUGUACCUCCUAAUGCUGCCCCGUUUUGGUCCUGGUUAAAACUGUGGUGGUAAGAGAUGGAAGAGUGAAGAGGCUACCACUGCCAUAUGCUCCAUGCGACUUUAGGACUCCUUUACUACAUGGCCCACCCUUUCCUCCUGGUCAUAGCACCAGCCCCCCUAGUAAGGAUUAGUGAUUAGUGACCCCUUCAUCAUAUGACCUUUUAGCUGCCAUUGCCCCUAUCAACACCUACUUUAGUCAAUUGAGUACUCUAUUGCUAUGGCUAGCAAAUUCCCACCCUCUACUGGAAUAAGCUGAACAAUUCAUGUCAUUUUUAUCUCCUCUGGGCCUUCACUGCUACACAGCAAUCUGUUCAUUCAUCUAUGAUUGACUACCACACACUUUAUAGUGGCUGAUCCACUAUGAACUUUAUUCUGUCUUCUCAAGACCCUGAUUCUACUCCUAGCAGAUGAACUUGUCUCCUAUUUAAUGAUAAAAUUGAAGCUGUCCAUGAUGAAGUUCUCACUACUCUUUGGUUUUAAGUCUAUCAGAGACAUUUUAUACACAUUCACAGAAGUAUUGCAGCUUGGAGGAAGAUUCAAAUGGCUAAGUUAUUCCUGCUAAAUGAAUUCUCCCUACCAGUGCAAGGUUUUCAUACAUACAUCUCAUGGUUUUCAGAAAUAGUGACAAGAUUCCACAGUCAAGAUUAAGCCAGGGGACAGAAUAUAUUCUUUGAGUCAUCAUAUGGUUACUAAAAAUGUUGAGGGAUGCUAUGUCUAAGCCACUGCUAGAUGUGGGGAAUGUAGAUUCAAAUGGGAAUAGUUUCUGUGCUUUGGAAGCUUAUAUUGUAUUCUGAUAGGGAAAGACAACACACAUAGGGGAAUGGUGGCCAGCAAGAUAGUUAUGACAUGGAGAGUCUCAGAGAUGAUGAACAGAACCAGAGAAUAAUUGAAUAAAAGCAAGUGCCUACUGCACUGUGCUAAAUGCCUGUAGUCUGAUUACUGUUCUUAGUUGCAAAAGGUGAAAUCUAGAUGGGAGAGGGGAUAUGCAUGUGGCAGAAGGACAUUUAGCAAAAUUGCUAGGAUGUAUGGGAUUUGAAGUAUGGUAUGGGGCUGGCAACAUAGAAGAGAGUUAAGGAAGGUUUUUCUCACUAUUCAGGACAGCUCAAACCCAAGGCAGAGUUUCAAAGCUUAGUGGACAUGAUCAGAAAAACAUGGGAAGAAUGACUAGGUACAAAGUAAAAAAUGAAGAACCCACAAUGAUUGAAAUAAUGUGAAAACAUUUUAAAAGUAUUUAAACUUAUUAAUCACAGUGACUAAUCUUGAUCCCAGAGUGCUGAGAUGGUAAAAAGAAGAACAUGGGUUAUACUGUGUCAAGUCAUGUUCAUAGUGUGCUUAAAUGUUUUUCU